AUGAGAAAUGCACCCCGGGCAGCUCUGACAGAGCCCACUGACUUCCGGGUCUCCUCUUCAGGGGUGCUCUCGGGCCUCACAGGGGCGGUCCUCCUGGGCGGUCUGUCCCCUGCCAAGCUGAAGGAAGAAGGUCCUGGGAGUUCAUCCUCUGCGGACCUGAAGCCUCACCCCUCAGACAAAACACCUCACCCCGCCGAGACCCCUGAGCCAGAGUCAAGGGGGACCCAGCUGUCCUCCACGGUGUCCUACCACUGCUGCGUGACGCCACAAGAUGUAGAAAACACAGGGAGCCAGGCAUUGGUGCCUCUGCUUGGUGGCCGCACGCGCUCUUGCGGGCUCACUCCCCUGGGCAGACUGGAUGUGAGGCAGGCGGCAAGCCUGUCUUCAAAGCACAGCGACCGCGGGCUGGUGGACUCUCACGGCAUCCACACGGGCGUGCGUGUCUGUGCCCUUCAGGGCCCUGUGGAGGUACCUCCGUCUGGGGGCUCCAGGAACCUGGAGGUGAAGGCCCGGUCCUGCAUCCUGAGUGAGUCCUCAGGUCAGCGAGGAGAGGAGGCCCAGGCAGUGCCAGGGGUCAAGCCCCGGAACCUCAGGCUGAGGUGGCUGCCCCCUGACGAGCCCCCUCACUUCCUCCUUCAGGUUUGCAGGGGACAGACCGCCCAGGAGGACCGCCCCUGCCUGUGGUCCCCAUCUGUCACCCCGCCCACUGUCAUCAUGCCCCUGUUCCAGAGAAGUGAGCUCCACGAGACUGAGGCCGACCUUCAAGACCAGGUCCAGGCCCAGGGCCCGGAGGAAGUGCAGCUGCUUGGGGCUGUGGGGGAGGGGGCCGCAUCCCCCUCGACCGCCUCCCCCCCAGUAGCCUCCUCCUCUGCCGCCCGUGCUGACGCCUUGCUGGAGGAGGCACUUAACAUGAUGGUGGCUGACCUGGUGUGGUUCCUGCUCCGCAAGUAUCGCGCCAAGGAGCCCACCUCCAAGGCGGAAAUCCUGAAUAUGGUCCUUAAAGACCAUCAGGACCACUUCCCCGUGGUCCUCGGCCAAGCCUCUGAGUGCAUGCAGCUGGUCUUUGGCAUGGAUGUGAAGGAGGUGGACCCCAGGGAGCACACCUACGUGCUGGUCCCCACCCUGGGCCUCACCUGCAAUGCGAUGCUGAGUGAUGGGCAGAGCUUCCCCAAGGCCGGCCUCUUAGUGAUGCUUCUGGGUGUGAUCGCCCUGGAAGGCGAGCGGGCCUCUGAGCAGAAAGUCUGGAGAGCACUUAGGAAGAUGGGGGUGCGUCCUUUGAGGGAGCACCACAUCUAUGGGGAGCCCAGGGAGCUGCUCACCAGAGUGUGGGUGCAGGAGGGCUACGUGGAAUACCGGCAGGUGCCCCACAGCAACCCUGCCCGCUACGAGUUCCUGUGGGGGCCCCGGGCCCAUGCGGAAAUUAACAGGUUGCAAGUCCGGGAGUAUCUGCACAGGGUCAAUCGAUGGGAUCCCAGGUCCUUCCUAUCCCUGUGUGCAGAGCCUGUGAGCGAUGAGGAAGAGGGGGCCUGA